AAAGAGAUCCAAAACGCGUUCAGAUGUAUUAGAAAUGGUGAUGUACCAAGAAAAACAGUAUAGAUGUUAAUCUUUAACCUUAACACCACAAAACGUCCCGUGUUAUAAUAUAAACGUGUCUACGUUAAAAAGGCGCUACUGAAGGUGUAUAAUCGGCUUUAGGACCCAGGUGCGCGGCAGGCAGCGGACACCGGUUGAUGAGAUGGUCCACUCGACAUUACACAUCUAAUAUACCGAUAAAGAGCGGCUAUUUGUUCAGGACAGAGUGGUCAGUGGUAAACUUAUUUGACUGUGACAGUGGACCCUCACAAAAGGAAAGGCGUGGGCAUUUUUUGUUGUCUUUUUCCGUCCGCGUAACAUCGCACCGUGGCAAGAAGACCAGUCGCUAGUCUUACCGGUGACAACCAUGAGCCAGAGGUUCACUGUCUCCAAGAGCGACGGCGACCGGCGCCCUUCGGAUAUCCAGGGAGAGGUGAACCAGCUGUUUGAGGGAGACGAGCCCCCGACCUGCAGUGGCGUGGAGGGGGAGGCUGCAGCUGUUGACGAAGUGGUGGUGGUGCUGAAAGGCGACAGUAACCCCAAGGAGAGCAGUCCCUUCAUCAACAGCAGCGAUGCUGCUGCAGAGAAAAGCCAGCAGUAUGACGGCAAGAACAUGGCCUUGUUUGAGGAGGAGAUGGACACCAGCCCCAUGGUGUCGUCUCUUCUCAGCAGCCUGGCCAACUACUCCAACCUGCCCCAAGGUAGCAAGGAACAUGAGGAGGCUGAGAACAACGAGGCUGAGUCAGCACGCAAGAAACCUGUCAAGGCCCCCCAGCUCGGCACUUUGAUGGGUGUCUAUUUGCCGUGCAUCCAGAACAUCUUCGGAGUGAUCCUCUUCCUCAGGAUGACCUGGCUGGUGGGAAUCGGGGGUGUCAUCGGGACCUUCAUCAUCGUCUUCAUGUGCUGUACCACUACCAUGCUGACUGCCAUCUCAAUGAGUGCCAUCGCUACCAAUGGAGUGGUGCCAGCUGGGGGCUCGUACUACAUGAUAUCCCGUUCGCUGGGCCCUGAGUUUGGGGGAGCAGUGGGGAUCUGUUUCUACUUGGGAACCACCUUUGCUGGAGCCAUGUACAUCCUGGGAGCCAUUGAGCUGCUCCUGAUCUACAUAGUGCCCAAAGCUGCCAUCUUUCCCCUGGAGGGUCUAGAGGGUGCUGAGGCAGAGGCAGCUCUGCUGAACAACAUGCGUGUUUAUGGCACCAUCCUCCUGACCUCCAUGGCCACUGUCGUUUUCGUUGGCGUGAAGUAUGUCAAUAAGCUGGCCCUUGUGUUUCUGGCCUGUGUCAUUCUCUCCAUUCUGGCCGUCUACGCUGGAGUCAUCAAGACCUCCGUUGAUCCUCCUGACUUCCCUGUGUGUAUCUUGGGGAACCGCACUUUGGUGUGGAAGUCUUUUGACGUUUGUGCCAAGACCAUUGAGACAGCUAAUGGGACGGUCACUACCGAGCUGUGGCGCAUGUUCUGCGAUUCACCUUUCCUCAACGCUACCUGUGACACUUACUUUGCCGCUAACAAUGUGACUCAGAUCCAGGGAAUUCCUGGAGUCACCAGUGGAAUUUUGGCAGAGAACCUUUUUGGGACCUACUAUGAGAAGGGAGACAUAGUUGACAGGAAGUUUAUGGAAUCUGUGGAAAACCAGGACGAUCCUCUGACCAGCUCUAACCGCUAUGUGUUGGCCGACAUCACCAGCUUCUUCACAUUGCUGGUUGGCAUCUACUUCCCUUCAGUGACAGGCAUCAUGGCUGGAUCCAACCGCUCUGGAGAUCUGCGUGAUGCCCAGAAGUCAAUCCCCAUUGGAACCAUUGCAGCCAUCACCACCACCUCCACUGUCUAUAUGUCCAGUGUGGUCUUGUUUGGUGCCUGCAUCGAGGGGGUGGUGCUCAGAGACAAGUUCGGUGAAGGAGUCCACGGCAACUUGGUGAUAGGCACGUUGGCUUGGCCAUCACCAUGGGUUAUUGUGAUUGGCUCUUUCUUCUCCACCUGUGGGGCAGGGCUGCAGAGUCUGACAGGAGCUCCCCGUCUCCUUCAGGCUAUCGCCAAGGAUGGCAUUGUGCCUGCCCUUCGGAUAUUUGGCCAUGGGAAGGCCAAUGGAGAACCCACGUGGUCCCUCCUGCUGACAGCUUGUAUCUGUGAGAGUGGCAUCCUCAUUGCCUCCCUGGAUGCAGUGGCUCCCAUCCUCUCCAUGUUCUUCCUGAUGUGCUACAUGUUUGUGAAUCUGGCCUGUGCUCUCCAGACAUUGUUGAGGACUCCAAACUGGAGACCGCGCUUCAAGUUCUAUCACUGGACUCUGUCCUUCCUGGGGAUGAGCUUGUGUCUUACUCUUAUGUUCCUGUGCUCCUGGUACUAUGCCAUUGUUGCCAUGGUGAUUGCUGGCUCCAUCUACAAGUAUAUCGAGUUUGCAGGUGCGGAGAAGGAAUGGGGCGAUGGGAUACGAGGUCUGUCUCUGAGCGCUGCACGUUAUGCCCUAAUGCGGCUAGAGGAAGGUCCCCCCCACACAAAGAACUGGAGGCCUCAGCUGCUGGUGCUGGUUAGUACAGAUGCAGAGCAGAAUGUGGAGCAGCCUCGCCUGCUGUCUCUGACCAACCAGCUGAAGGCAGGCAAAGGUCUAACUAUCGUUGGAACGGCUCUAGAGGGCACAUUCCUGGAGAACUCUGACCAGACGCAGCGUGCAGAGCAGGCUUUACGUAAACUGAUGGAGACGGAGAAGGUGAAGGGCUUCUGUCAGGUGACUGUAUCGUCAAACCUCCGUGAUGCCACAUCACAUCUGCUUCAGGCCAGCGGGCUGGGAGGCCUGAAACAUAAUGCUGUACUGGUCGGCUGGCCACGUAACUGGAAGCAAGGAGAUGAACACCAGCACUGGAGAAACUUCAUUGAACUGGUCAGAGAAACCACUGCAGCUCACCUCGCCCUGCUCGUACCGAAGAAUAUCUCGGCCUUCCCAUCCAAUGGCGAGCGCUUCACUGAGGGUCACAUCGAUGUGUGGUGGAUCGUUCACGAUGGAGGCAUGCUGAUGCUGCUGCCCUUCCUGCUCCGCCAGCACAAGGUCUGGAGGAAGUGCAAGAUGCGCAUCUUCACUGUAGCUCAGAUGGACGACAACAGCAUCCAAAUGAAGAAAGACCUGACCACAUUCCUGUAUCAUCUCCGUAUCGACGCUAUGGUGGAAGUUGUGGAAAUGCAUGACGGCGACAUCUCAGCCUACACUUAUGAGAAGACCUUGGUGAUGGAGCAACGGUCGCAGAUGCUUAAACAGAUCAACCUGACCAAGAAUGAGCGAGAGAGGGAGAUCCAGAGCAUCACAGAUUCUUCCCGCGGCUCUAUCCGCCGCAAGAACCCGGCUGCUGUGACCACUCAGCUGAGUGUAACCGAGGAUCCGCCUGUAGCCAGCAAGGAGGAGAAACCCGAAGAAGAGUCAAAGUCGGCCUCUCCCCCUGUGUCCCCCCCUGCCCAGGUCCAGCUCAUCCAUGACAACACCACCCCGGCCAGCCCCGCAACCCCGGCCACCCCGCUGACCCCUGGAGAGGGGGCUCAGAGCCCCGGAGAGCAGGUCCAGAUGACCUGGACUGAAAAGUGUGACGGUGAGCCGGCCAAACCUCCUGGAGCAGCCACACCAGAGGGCAUCAAAGACAUCUUCAACAUGAAGCCUGAGUGGGAAAACCUGAACCAGUUCAAUGUGCGACGUAUGCACACAGCACUCCGGCUGAACGAAGUCAUUCUUAAAAAGUCCUCAGAGGCCAAACUAGUUCUCCUCAACAUGCCGGGGCCGCCGAAGAACCGGACAGGUGACGAGAACUACAUGGAGUUCCUGGAGGUUCUCACUGAAGGCCUCAACCGGGUCCUCCUGGUCCGCGGAGGCGGGCGUGAGGUUAUCACCAUCUACUCCUGAAAAAGUAGCCCUCUUCCUUCCCUACCACCCCUCCCUAAGCCCCGUUCCUGUGUCAGCUGUACUCUUAUCCUUUCAUCAAUGUUGCUUCAUUAUCAGGUUGUUUUUAUUUCUGUGAGAUAGUCCUUUCACACCCAACCAAUAGCCCAGCU